UCUAAAACGCAAGCUUUGGCCGUACAGAAACUGCGUCGUAUUUUGGAUUGUCGCAUUGUCUUUGUGGCGAAAAGGCAGCGUGCAAAAUCCGUCGUUUGCCACCGUUGAGAGGCAGGUGAAGCCUCGUCACCAUCUCUGACUCCUUCCAAUGACGGCGCCGAGACCUCCGUCUAGGCGACUACGAUCGCUACGAUAUUCGUCGGAGAAGAUGGAAGGUACCGGAAGCUGGGACGUGCUUGAAUGGACUAAAUUCGAUCCAGCUUCUUGGUCAAGCUCGUUUUCAAACUUAGAUUGCUUGCUGGAAUCUGAGAGGAUCAUCUUCGAGGGUUGUGGAGUUAUCCUCAUAAACACCGAUGAGGCAGGGACCCUCUUGCUGACAAAUUUCCGUAUUCUGUUUUUGAGUGAAGGAACCAGAAAGCUUGUUCCACUUGGUACAAUUCCUCUGGUAGCUAUCGAGAAGUUUAACAAAAUGGUGCUGAAAGUUCAAUCAAACAAAAAUCCACCAAAACGUCUUCUACAGGUCACUGGCAAAGACAUGAGGAUAAUUGUCUAUGGUUUUCGCCCCGGAAUCAAGCAGAGACGUGCUGUAGUUGAUGCACUAUUGAAGUGUAAUAGACCUGAGAGAGUAUGGGAUCUUUAUGCUUUUACAUGCGGGCCUUCCAAAUUCAGUAACACAAACCCAAAGGAAAGAUUGCUUAACGAAUAUUUUCGGCUUCUCGGAAAAAGUUCAUCGCGAGCUUCAAUGAAUAUGAUUGAAGAUGGUUCAUUCGCACUGUCCAAUGAUCUUUGGCGGAUAACUGACGUGAACUCGAAUUAUAACUUGUGUCCGACUUAUCCGUUUGCUUUGAUGGUUCCAAAAUCCAUUAGUGAUGAAGAGCUGAUCCAGGCGUCUACAUUCCGGGCAAGAUGUCGCUUGCCCGUGAUCUCGUGGUGUCAUCCGGGAAGUGGAGCUGUGAUUGCUCGGUCAUCACAACCUUUGGUUGGUCUGAUGAUGAACAUGAGGAGUAAUUUUGAUGAAAAACUUGUUGCUUCAUUCUGCACUCAGUUAUCUGGCCAUAAUGGAGCACGACGGAAGCUUUAUAUCGCAGAUGCAAGACCUAGGAAAAAUGCAUUAGCAAAUGGAGCAAAGGGAGGAGGCUCAGAAUCAUCUUCAAAUUAUUUGCAAUCUGAAAUUGUUUUCUUUGGGAUAGACAACAUACAUGCAAUGAGAGAGAGCUUUUCCCGCCUUAGGGAUUAUUUAGAUAUGCACGGUACAACGUCAUCCGAUGGGACGUCGUCAUUCUUGAGACAUGGUGGCUGGACCUGGGGUGGAGGUAAUCUCAGUAGUAUGUCUGCUUCAGUAUCCUUGCUUGGAGAAAGUGGUUGGUUGAGCCACAUCCAGAGCAUCUUAGCUGGUGUGGCAUGGAUUGCUGCACGUGUUGCUAUGGAGUCGGCAUCAGUUCUUGUGCACUGCAGCGAUGGAUGGGACAGAACAACUCAGCUCGUUUCUCUUGCAUGCUUAUUACUUGAUCCAUACUAUAGAACAUUUGCUGGGUUUCAGGCUCUUAUCGAAAAGGAUUGGUUAGCGUUUGGUCACCCAUUUUCGGAUCGUGUGGGAAUGCCUAACGUUUCUGGAUCUGGUGAUUUUGAAUUACCAAUUCAAUCUUCUUCUGCUAGCAGUUUCCCUUCAUCUCCAGCGCGGCAAGCUUCAGGAUCAGCAACUGCUCAAUCUUCUAGCUCUUCACAUGGGCUGAACGACUAUUCUCCUAUAUUUUUGCAGUGGGUUGAUUGCGUAUCGCAGCUAAUGCGGAUGUAUCCGUCUGCUUUCGAGUUUUCUCCGACUUUCCUGGUAGAUUUCACGGACUGCUUGCUUUCAUGUCGUUUUGGGAACUUUCUGUGCAAUAGUGAAAUGGAGAGGCAACAAUGUGGGAUUUCUGAAGCCUGUGGAUGCCUUUGGGCUUACUUGACUGAUUUGCGUUCCGUCAGUGGAACUUCUCAUGUCCACUGUAACCCAUUUUAUGAUCCUUCAAGAAAUGAUGGCCCAUUAUUACCUCCUGCAGCAGCUCUAGCCCCGACUCUCUGGCCCCAGUUCCAUCUUCGGUGGGCCUGCCCUGUGGAACCGAAUGCUGAAGAAACCGAGUUCCAAUGUAGAGCCAUGACUGUCAAGUAUUCAGAAAUCAAGAAGGAGAAAGAAGAAGCAGAAAGGAAGGUGGAGGCGUUAUCUUCCACAGUGGAGUCAUUGAGCGAAGAGUUGCAUAACGAAAGAAGUAUAAGCCGUGCAGCUAGAGAAUCAGCAAAGAGAGCUAUAAAAGAGCGCGCAGUCAUAUCGAGAGCCGUGCAAUCACUGGGCUGCAAGGUCAACUUCACAAAGAGCGGAGAUUGCACAGUUGAAGUAGAAGACGGGCCACGGAAAUGUUCUCACUCAGUUUCCCCAAAACAAUCUGAGAACAAGACAACAACAACAGAAGAUGUCUCAGAAUCAAACUCGUCAUCAGGGAGUGAAGAAAAAGUUUGUGAAGCAUUGUGUCCGUUGCGUACAAGAGAAGGAAUGUGUCGAUGGCCUGAUGCGGGUUGUUGUUCUCAGAUCGGGAGCCAAUUUGUUGGGUUAAAAGCAAACUUUGAAGCAUUUGAUAAACUCUCCAUCUACGACAGCUAUUUCACCGCGGAAUAAGACUCCUCCACCAGAUUGACCCUAAAUUCAAGGACUUGUGUGUAUGUUUUUUUUUUUUUUGGGAGAGAGUAAAGCAUAGCAGCAACAGACCAAUGAGGAUGAAUAGGAAACCCCGAAAACCGAGAGCGUUUUGGAAUGUAGGGGGGCAUCUCGGGAACUAACUUCUUUGUAUAGCAAUGUAUAGAGGCUGGAGGUCUCCACCUCUGGCUCUGGCUUCAUUGAGAAAGUUAGAGAUAUCUGAUUUUUGUUUUGGUUGGUUGAUAAUAUUAUGACUGUGGAUUGGAA